AUGGCAAUCGACUCCAGUAUCUGGAUCUACCAGUUUCAAGCUACUAUGCGAGACAAGGAAGGCCGUGGUCUCGUGAAUGCGCAUGUGCUUGGUUUCCUGCGGAGAAUUUGCAAGCUGCUUUUCUACGGUAUCAAGCCUGUCUUCGUCUUUGAUGGAGGAGCGCCGGCCUUGAAGAUGGCUACCAUUGCGGAGCGCAAGAAGAAAAAGAGCGGCGCUGCCGCAAGUCACGCGAGGGUCGCGGAGAGACUUCUGGCAGCACAGCUACGUCGCGAGGCCUUGGACAAUGCUACCGGGAGAGGUUCAAAAGGGAAGGGUCGCAUACCGUCCGGUCCUGCUCGGAUCGACGAGAACACGGUAUAUCUCGAAGACAUCACUUCCUCCGGCCCCGGCGUCCCACAGACUCCAGCCAGGCCCGUUGCUCCAGAAGGAGCGCAGUCAACCCCACCUUCGUCCUCCAAGAAGGCUCGCUGGCGCGACCAUGAUCCUUAUAAACUGCCGGACGUCAAUAUGGACGAGGUGGUGGCGAAGGCCACUGCGACGGCCGUCCCUGAUCCGAGGCUCGCGACUGAGGAUGAGCUCCGUAUAUUCAUUGAGGAAAUGCGUCCAGAAGACUUCGACGUAACUUCGCCUGCAUUUCGCGAGCUGCCCACCGAGGUUCAGUAUGAAAUCAUUGGUGACUUGCGCUUAAAAUCCAGACAGACGUCGUACAAACGCCUUCAGAGCAUGCUACGGAAGGCCAGGACUCCCCUUGACUUCUCCAAGGAGCAGAUCAAGAACCUCAAACAGCGGAACGCUCUAACACAGCAGCUACUCGUCACUACUGACAGCGUCGGCAAAGCACACAUAACUAUUCCCAUCCGGAUCGCAAGCGAACGGAACAAGGAGUAUGUUCUCGUCAAGAACGAAGGCGAAGCUGGAGGCUGGGUCCUGGGCAUUCGUGAUGAGGGCACGGCUAUGAAACCCAUUGAGAUUGACCCAGCUCCGGCUCCAGCCCAGGUAGACAGUGACGAAGACGAAGACAUGGAGGAUGUUCCCAUCGCUCCUGAUGCAAGUGCAAGCGAGCCGUAUGAUCCGGACCUCCGAGAGUAUCGACGACAGCAGGCGUUGGCUGCGCUGGCCGAUCGCUAUUCUCCCAGGGAACUAACGACACCGACUACGAGAGUCACCAGAAAGCGCAACGCGCGACCGCUGUUUGAACCGGAAGACGAUGAGCUGGUUCAGCUCGACGAAGGCACGAAAGACGUCGAAGACCCAGAGCUCGUCACUGCCAUCCAAGAGUCUAUCGAACUCGAGGAGGAAGCUAGCCUCCGUCGGGCCAUUGAGGAGUCCAGGAGGACUGCAUCGGGUACUGUCAAGAACGGCGAGAGCUCAGGGUCGCGCCCUGCACCUGAACAGCGCCGGUCACAGCAGUUCCACUCAGUCGGCGACGAUUCGGACGACGAGGAUCUGUAUGCGUCUCCAACGCGAUUGGAGACAGCUUUGUCCAUUGCCGGCGCCGGUCCUCGUCGACCGCCUGCUUCGAAAUCUAGCGGGCCGACGCCAUUCCCUUCGGCGACAACGUUCGGGAUGCCUAGUCUUCUUUUACCGCAGGAUCCUCAGACUUUGCCUUCCAAGCCAUCUACCUCGACGUAUGCUGAUUCCGAGGACGAUAUGGAGGAGGUUCCAGUUACGACACCCUCUCCUCAGCCAGAAGUCGUCCCUGCUCUUACUCGGCUAGAUCUACCAGAACCCAUUCCUAUGCCUCCUUACCUACUCUCGCCUGUUCAGAAGGAACCUGUGAGCCAAGAUAUUCCUGCGCAGUCGACCCCCAUAGCAGUUGAGUCCGAGUCUGAUGAUGACAUGGCACAGGUGGAAGUAGCGGUGCCUCGGUCUGCCCGCUCUUCGCCUCUUAGAUUGUCUACCGACGCUUCUCUGGCGAACCACGUCGUACAUGUUGCCCUCAGCCCACAAGAAGAGGUUCCGCUGGUCUCUCAGCCCAUCCUGCCCGUGACGACUCGUGCUCCUGCCGAUAACAUGGUCCACCAGUCCCCUGAGGUCAUGCCCAUUGAUACCCCUGUCGCUUCUGCUUCUACCCACUCGGGUGAGACCGCAUCAGUCCCGCUGCCCACGUUCACGUCCGUCGACGAAGUUGUGUUACCGUCAAACUCAGACGCGGAACCGGGUGAAACUCGGUGGUCUCGCUCCCCAAGUCCUGCUGCAGACGUAUCUGCUCACAAGGGAGUCCCCGAGGAAGGCUGGGACGCCGCUCAAGAGAUGGAUCCGUACGCGGAGGAGGAUGAGUAUACGCGCUUCCUCUCGCAGGUCAAGGGGAAGGACAUGGACACCAUCCGCCGGGAGAUUGACGAGGAGAUCCGCGAGCUGAACAAGCAGAAGAAGAACGCGAUGCGCGACUCGGAGGACAUCACCCAACAAAUGAUUUCGCAAAUAAUGAUCAUGCUCCGCCUCUUCGGCAUCCCGUACAUCACUGCGCCGAUGGAAGCCGAGGCGCAAUGCGCCGCGCUCCUCUCGCUCGGGCUCGUCGACGGCAUCAUCACCGACGACUCGGACGUCUUCCUCUUUGGGGGCGGGCGCGUCCUGAAGAACAUGUUCAACCAGUCGAAGACGGUCGAGUGCUUCCUCACGACUGACCUCGAGCGCGAGUUAGGGCUCGACCGUGACAAGCUCGUCCGCCUCGCGUAUCUCCUCGGGAGUGACUACACCGAGGGUCUUCCUGGGGUCGGCCCGGUCGUUGCGAUGGAGCUUCUGAGUGAGUUCCCGGGCCACGACGGACUGCACAAGUUCAAGCAGUGGUGGAUGAAGGUGCAGAGCGGGCGAGAUAAGGCGGAGGAGAGCGCGUCGAGCUUCCGAAAGCGCUUCAAAAAGAAGUUCAAGGACCUAUAUCUGCUACCCGAGUGGCCAAACCCCGCGGUGAGGGAUGCGUAUUACCAUCCUACCGUGGACGAGUCUACAGAGCCAUUCAAAUGGGGCUUUCCGGACCUUGAUGCGCUCCGAGGCUUCUUUAAUUCUGAGCUGGGGUGGGACCAGACGAAGGUCGACGACCUACUCCUCCCCAUCAUCCGCAAAAUGAACAAGCGCUCACAGAAUGCCUCCACAAACGCUCAAGGAAAUCUCUCAGGCUUCUUUGACAUCCCGCUCGGGGCGAACGCCGCUCCGCGUAAGCGACAAGCAUAUACGAGCAAGCGUCUCCAGCAAGUUGUCUCGGAUUUCCGCAAGCAACAAGCCAGGCAGCGCAACUCUGCGACCCCGAAAUUAGCGGAUGACGGUGAUGAGAGUGAGUUCCAGCCUAGCGCAGAGGCGGCUCGCCCCGCCAAGAAGAGGAAGAAGAGCGACGAAGCCACGAGUAAAGGGAGGGGGAAAGGCAAGGGUAAGGGGACUGAGAUUGAGAAUGGCGUCGCCCCUCCAGCUCGGGGAGGUCGGGGUAGAGGUCGGGGACGUGGUGGUAAACGGACGUCCAAGAAACGGGAGAGGCCACCCUCGGAGAGUGAUGAGGACGAGUUCGUCGCGGGAGAUCAACCGCCAGUGGCUGAUUUGCCAGUUCCGAGUCGAGAAGAGCUUGGUUUACGCCCACGACCGAAACCGCGACCCAUUGUGAAGCCUCCGGUAGCCGUUGCGGACAACCUUGAGGAGCAGGAUGAGGGGGGCCCGGACACCUAA